UUCUGCCGUCUGGCUUUCUCUUUCUCUUUCUCUUUCUCUUCUCCCACAAACUCCCAACCUUCUCUUCUUCUGUUUGCGCAUUCGAUUUUUCUCACUCUAGAUUCUCGCACUCUUCUCUCUCUUCUUUUCUAGGUUUGAAAGGCGGCUCGAAAUCUAUAAUCAUCUCUUUGCGUGUGGUUGGAUCUGGACUUUAAUUCGAUCACUCUCCGUCUUAUAGAUAAGGUAAACCCUAGAAUUCGUGGUACGCCGGUGGGGAUUUUUCCCGAUUAUCCCUUCUUAUCUAUAUCGGGAUAUGAUAUCACGCCAGUGUUUUCUAUUGAUCUAGGGUUUCUUGGUAAGCCGAUAGCUUUGAAUUGGCUUUUCCUCUGUCGAAUUAGGGUUAGGAUUGAUGGUACUCGUUCGGCGUGAAGGUGGGAUCGAGGCUGGACUUGGGGAAAAUGCUAGGCUAUGCAUGGGCGUCGAGGUGAGGACUGGAAACGGAUUCGGCACAUGUGGACAGUCCCCACACGUGGUACUCAGAUCGUAGAAGCAGAUGGUUCUUCGUCAUCGUCUUCGUCUGCACCUAAUUCGUUUUGCAAGGGUGGACGUAGGAUUAGUGUUGGUGAUUGUGCACUUUUCAAACCCCCACAAGAUUCCCCACCUUUUAUUGGCAUAAUCCGGUGGUUGACGACUGGUAAGGAGAAUAAGUUGAAGCUAGGUGUGAAUUGGCUUUAUCGAUCUUCUGAACUAAAGCUCGGCAAAGGCAUCCUUUUGGAAGCUGCGCCGAACGAGGUCUUCUAUUCCUUUCAUAAGGAUGAAAUUCCUGCUGCAUCUUUACUCCAUCCGUGUAAAGUUGCAUUCCUUCCAAAGGACGCUGAACUUCCAUCUGGGAUUUCGUCAUUUGUGUGUCGAAGAGUGUAUGACAUAACUAAUAAGUGUUUAUGGUGGCUAGCUGAUCAGGAUUAUAUUAAUGAACGUCAGGAAGAAGUAGACCAAUUGUUAUAUAAGACAAGAUUAGAAAUGCAUGCUUCAGUGCAACCCGGCGGUCGAUCACCUAAGCCUACAAGUGGUCCAACAUCAACGUCUCAGUUAAAAGCUAAUUCAGAUAGUGUUCAAACGACUGCCUUUCCUUCUCAUACAAAAGGCAAGAAAAGAGAAAGGAGUGACCAAGGAUUGGAAUCUGUCAAACGAGAACGCAUCAUCAAAGCUGAUGAAGGUGAUUCUGCUAACUGCAGAUUGGAAAGUAUUUUAAAGUUAGAGAUUGCAAAAGUUGCUGAAAAAGGAGGCCUAAUUGAUUCCGAAGCUGUCGAGAAAUUGGUGCAGCUUAUGCUGACAGAUAGAAAUGACAAAAAAAUUGAUUUGGCUGGCAGAUCAGCACUUGCAGGUGUGAUAGCUGCCACAGAUAAGGUUGAGUGCCUUGGUCAGUUUGUGCAUCUUAAGGGUUUACCUGUACUUGAUGAAUGGCUCCAAGAGGUUCACAAGGGAAAAAUUGGCAGUGGUGGUAGCCCCAAGGAUAGCGAUAAAGCAGUUGAGGAAUUUCUCCUGGUUUUGCUUCGUGCCCUCGAUAAACUACCUGUUAAUCUUCCUGCUUUACAAAUGUGCAACAUUGGAAAGUCUGUGAAUCAUUUACGCUCACAUAAGAAUUUGGAGAUUCAGAAGAAAGCAAGGAGCUUAGUGGACACAUGGAAAAAGCGUGUUGAAGCUGAAAUGAACAUUAAUGAUGCGAAAUCUGGUUCAAACCAAGCUGUUGCAUGGAGUGCAAGAACUCGUCCAUCUGAAGUUUCUCAUGGAGGGAGGAAUCAAGAUGCAUCCUCUGAAGUUGCGAUGAAGAGCUCGGUUUCUCAGCUUUCUACAUCAAAAUCUGCUUCAGUUAAGCUUGCCCAGGAUGAUAGUGUUACAAGAUCUGCAUCUGCCUCUCCUGGUUCUAUGAAACCAGUUUUAUCACCUGCAUCGGCAAGUAUUAACUCAAAAGAUGGUUCUUCCAGAAAUCCGGGUGUUUGUGGCACAACUGAUCUUGCUCAAACUAUUGCCAGGGAUGAAAAGAGUAGCAGUUCCAGUCAGUCCCACAAUAAUAGUCAAUCUUGUUCUAGUGAACAUGGUAAAAGUGGUGGUUUAGGGAAGGAGGAUGCAAGAAGCUCUACCGCUGGUUCAAUGAGUGUGAAUAAGAUAUCAGGUGGUGGAUCUCGCCAGCGCAAGUCAGUUAAUGGAUAUCCUGGUCCUGUUCUCUCGGGGGGUCAACGGGAUGUAGGGUCGGGGAAAAGUUCUUUGCACAGAAACACAGUUUUGGAGAGAUCAUCACAAUCUGGAAUGACCUUUGAAAAGGCAUCCGAUGGCCCUAUUGGUGAGGGAAACAGUCCUAAAUUGAUAGUGAAGAUCACCAAUCGUGGCCGGAGUCCUGCACAGAGCGCUAGUGGAGGAUCUUUUGAAGAUCCUUCGACAAUAAAUAGCAGGGCUUCUUCUCCUCCACUUUCGGAGAAACAUGAUCAACUUGAUCACAGUAAGAGUGAUACAUGUCAACCUAAUAUUACUGGAGAUGUGAAUGCAGAGUCCUGGCAGAACAGUGAUGUAAAGGAUACGAUGGUCGGUGCUGAUGAUGGUGAUGGAUCUCCUGCUGCUGUAAAUGGUGAAGAGCGCUGUCGGGCUGCAGAAGAUGUAGCAGUUUCGAAGGCUACUCUGUCAUCAUUAAUGAAUGAUCAUAAGAAUGGAAAGUUACACGAGGCUUCUUUCAGCUCCAUAAAUGCUUUAAUUGAUAGCUGUAUUAAAUGCUCUGAAGCUAGUAUGCCUACCUCGCUUACGGAUAAUGUUGGAAUGAAUUUACUCGCUAGUGUAGCAGCUGUCGAGAUGUCGAAGUCUGAUUAUGUUUUGCCUUCCGAUACUCAAGGAAAUAUGUCUGCGCUGGACCGCUCUUCUAGAGGCAGUGAUUGUAAAAUCAAAGCAUCUUGUCCUGAAGAGGAUGCUAGAGAUAACAUGCCGUCAAAUGAUGCUAUGGAUGUUACUGAGCAGGGUGUGAUCACCAGUUCCUUUGGAGGAAAAAAUGUGGAUGGAAGGGCUGCUUCACAAUCUGAAGAGAAACCGGUUGGAGAUCUGAAUGGUCAUUCAAAAUCUUCUGGUGUAAACUUGCCACAAACUGCUGUGCCAUUGGCAGAUGGGUGUAUGAAAAUGAACGAGGCUGGAGGCCCUGCCUCCCCUGCUAGAGUGCCAGAGAAGGGCUAUGAGAUCAAGGGGGCUAAACCAGUCAAGGAAAGAAAGACGGCUGAUGUAACAGAUGGAGAUAGCAGCCCAGAAUCGAAACCAAAACCAAGCAGUUCUUUUCCUGAUGGUGGCAUGGUUGGUGAUGGUAGUUCGAAUCGGGAAGUUGAAAUGGAUGUUCUUGACGAACCUUUGCAUCGCCGGCAAGAAGUUGAUGGCAAGACGAAUAAUAGACUGAAUGGUAUUAGUACAGCAGAUCAAAGGUUAUCUUCCAAGUUGAACAGUGAUUCUGCGAAAUUAAGGAACGAUGGAUUACUUCAGGCUUCAGGCUCUUCAAGUGAUCUGGUUUCUGUAAAUGCAAGUGGGAUGAAGGGCGAGAAGGUUGAUGAAACUGCAGCUGAUGUCAAGCUUGAAAAACAUCAAAGUGAUUUAGAUCCUAUGCCUUCCGAGUCCCGAGGUUUAGGUGGCAUGUGUUCAGCUAUCAACCAUGAGGAUGAGCAUGUGGAGGAGAAUUUGGAAUCUAAAGAAAAUACAGAGAGAAGUGGAGGACAAGCACAUCAUGGGCAUUCUAUUGUUUCUCCUGUUCAAGAAACUGAGCAGCCUAAGCCAUCCAAGAGAUCCAAAUUAGCUGGUGUUGAAGCAGAAGAGGCAGAGGAGUCUACAUCCACUGCUGCAGAUGCUGCUUCCAUGUCUACUGUGGGGGUGUCAGAUAUGGAUGCUAAGUUGGAAUUUGAUUUGAACGAAGGCUUUAAUGUAGAUGAUGGAAAAUGCAGUGAGCCAAGCAGCUUUACACCGUCUGGUUGUUUGACAACUGUUCAGUUAAUUAGUCCAUUGCCCCUUCCUGUUUCUAAUGUGGCAAACAACAUUCCUGCUUCAAUUACAGUUGCAGCUGCGGCAAAAGGACCUUUCGUACCACCUGAUGAUCUAUUGAGGAGUAAAGGGGAACUGGGUUGGAAAGGAUCAGCAGCCACAAGUGCUUUUCGACCGGCUGAACCUAGAAAAGUUCUAGAAAUGCCCCUAGGACUUGCAACCACUCCACUUGCUGAUGUUGCAGGCAGUAAAAUUUCUAGACCCCCAUUGGAUAUUGACUUGAAUGUUCCCGAUGAAAGGAUUCUUGAGGAUAUGAAUUCUCAGAUGUCUACGCAGGAGGUGGCUUCUAAGCCUGACCUGGCUAAUAAUCGUGAUCUGGCACAUGGUAUAGGUCCUACACAUGGACGUUGCUCUGGAGGGCUAGAUCUUGACUUGAACCGAGUUGAUGAUGCUCCUGAUCCAAGCAACUUCUCCUUGAACAGUUGUCGUAGAAUAGAUGCUCCUCUUAGUGUUAAAUCAUCUACUGUUCCUCUCAAUGACAAGGUGAAUUUUCGUAGGGACUUUGAUUUAAAUGGACCUAUUGUUGAUGAGGCCACUACUGAACCAACAAUAUUUCCUCAGCAUGCCAGAAGCAGUAUGCCAUCCCAGCCAUCUGUUUCUGGCCUUUGGAUGAACAAUGCAGAAAUGGGAAAUUUUCCGUCAUGGUUUCCUCCAGGGAAUGCCUAUUCAGCUGUUGCAAUUCCCUCAAUUUUGCCUGAUAGAGCAGAACAGUCUUUUCCAGUUGUCGCAACAAAUGGACCACCCAGGAUUUUGGGACCCACAAGUGGUAGCAGUCCAUAUAGCCCUGAUGUCUUUAGAGGGCCAGUACUAUCAUCUUCUCCGGCAGUCCCUUUUCCUUCUGCAACUUUUCAAUAUCCUGUCCUGUCUUUUGGAAACAGCUUUUCUCUACCUUCGGCCACGUUUUCAGGUAACGCAACAGCAUACGUUGAUUCAUCAUCUGGUAGCAGGCUUUGCUUCCCAGCAGUCCCUUCACAGUUCUUAGGUCCUCCUGGUACAGUUUCAACCCCUUAUCCAAGACCUUAUGUUGUCAGUCACUCAGAUGGCGGCAACAAUACUAGCUCUGAUAGUAGUCGAAAGUGGGGAAGACAAGGUUUAGAUCUAAAUGCUGGUCCUGUAGUUCCAGACAUUGAAGGAAGAGAGGAAUCAUCAACCUUGGUACCAAGGCAACUAUCUGUUGCCGGUUCGCAGGCCACUACCGAAGAGCAUGUGAGGGUUUACCAGCCAGCAAUUGGCAUAAUGAAGAGAAAGGAGCCAGAGGGAGGAUGGGAUGGGUACAAACAGUCAUCAUGGUAGUAGGAAGAUCCCCGUUGAAUCCUGAUAGCUGUGGUUAGAGGGAUUUGGAUUGAGCUGACUUCCACUGGUUGUCAUCUAACUUUGUGUGCUUUUCGGAGGAGGUGGUGAGUAGUAUCUCAUGUUCUUCAUGGUCUCCAACCCCACACCUUUUUCUCUGUAUCAGUUGUAACUUCUUUUUUAAAGAAAAGAAAAAAAGAAUGUCUGGGGCCUUUCAAGCUUCUUCUUGUCACUUGAAUUUGUUCUGGGUGGCUGCAGAUAAUUUCUUCUUUGUAGAUAUUUAACUGUUGGGAAAAGCAUGCACUAUCUGUUGCCCAGACACUUGAUAAUUGGUGCCGAUACAGGUGUUCAGUGCAUCAAUUUAAAUAUACUGUUGAACUCAAAACCCCCCUUUCCAUCCUUUUUGCAGCUAUUUCACCAAUUAUGAACCGGUGAGAAUUGCUUUUGAGCAUAUUGAUAAUUUCAUUUUUUCCCCUUCAGGAUGAAAAGCAGAGGGUGCAAUCUGAAUUCUGACGCAUGCAUCUCAUUUCAAUUCUUUUCAUUUGCCCCUACCCCUUUCCCAUCCCCUCUCUCGUUUCUACAUUCUCUAUCUUGCAAAAUAAAUCAAUGUUCCCCAUUUCCCCAUGCUGGAAUCACUUUUUAAUUUUACAUGGAGUUUCUGUA